UAUUGCUAAAACUCACUCUCUCACCUACUCCUGUUUUCAGUCACAAGACCGGGAGUGUGGAACUGGUAGACACAGCUCUAGCUCUGGCUCAGGCCUACGCCAGCACUAGGACGUGAGGAGGCGGAAGCUUCAGCCGAGAGUUACCUGAAUGAGUGUCAAGCCAACUGUACAGCUGUCCACGGACCACAUCACACCAAGACCCUGGAGGUGAACGACGAGAUCGCCAGGCUGCUCAUCAGGACAGACAGACAAGAUGAAGCCAUGACAAUUCUCAAGUCCAGUAUUAACCCGAAGUCGGAAGUGUUCGGGGACUACUCGGAACAGGUGUCCGACACCUUCAAGAUGAUGGCGUCGGUCCACCUCUCUCAAGGAAACAUUGAGAAGGCACUCCGAUCUUACAAGAAGUGCCAUACUAUAGAAACACUUGUGCUGGGAAAGAAUCACCGCAAGACGAAAGACACAUUACGCACAAUGGAAAUGCUGAUGGCGAGUCCAGGAGUGUCGUCCAAGUUUGUUUUGAACAAGGAAGAUGAGUUACAAAAACGUCCUAGAUUCACAAGUGUUGUCAGUCGAGCUACACCACUAGGGGCAAAUAAGCCACAGUAGAUGUCUCCUGUGGCAUGUCAACUACCCCUCUUGUUACCAUGGUUACCUCUGGAAGCACCAUAUGGACUGGAUAAGUCACACCUUUCUAUCCAGAGAUUUCCUUGGAUGCAUUUGAAGGAGUCCAGAUAAAUCAUUGUUGCUGAGGGAACCUGAAUGGUAGAACCAUUAACAUGGACACACAGCAGGCUAGCUAUUCUCGAAACGUUCGUAACCCUACAAACUUCUUAAGCCCAUUCUUAACACAUUGGCUACGUUCCAAGUUAAGAAUUCUUAAGGCUACAAACGUUUUGAGAAUAAGGGCCCAGAUCUAUUUGCAUGAUAAAAGCAUUAGGAAGUAUUUCUUAUUAUUGGGUCAGUUUGAUAGAUUUUUUAAAUAUACUGCAUUGAAAAGCGUGUCCGCUCAUACGAUUUUUAGCAAAACAGCAGCUGUAGAUCUUAUUAGAGAGUGAUUAUAAAACCCUGGAACUCAUUGGGUCAUUGCUUUGGAUUAUUUUUGUGCCUUUUUCAUGUUUAGAAUCAUGUGAAGAGUAAUCUAUUUUUUUUUUGUUCAGAUAAUUUUAUUCUGUUUGUUUUGAAGUAGUUCUUCAGUGUGAUGGCAGCACUGUUGUAGAAGCUGAGAAAGUAGUCUCUUGUAAUGCUCAAACGUGUUCCUGCAGUUUAUAUUACUUAUAAGUGUAAAUAUAUUCUAUUUAUUGUCAAGAUUCCAUCCACUUUCCUGAUUUUCCCCUUGGAUACCCACAAAAACAGCAAAACUUUUCAGACUUGUUUCAGGAAGGAGACUUGGAGUAAUAUUUGCUAAGUCCAGAUAGAAAUAUCAGCAGUAAAAAUGUUACUCGGCCUUUCAUGUGAAUCAUAGUGACGCGUUCUACAGUGGUUAUUUUCUGUUUCAGACAACAUUUACGUUCAGCUUUUUACAUUGCCUAUUAUUUAUGAAAAGUCUAUGCAUUCUGUGAUUUAUUAUGAAACAAUAAAAAUGAGAUAUUA